UCCACUCCAAUGCUUCCAUCGUCAUCGCCUUGCCGCCAGCCGAAGCCGGCCGGCUCAGCUACUCCCCCCUCUCUGUCUCUUUCUCCCUGGCGUUGAAUGUUUCCAACAUUCAUUUCCAUGGAAACUGUCCUGAAUGAAGUCCUCGCAAAUGGAACAGAGUAACGGCUUUCUUUAAUCCCUUUUCAUCUUCUUUUUCAUUCCCAUUUCCGGGUAGUUUACGAAGAGACUAAAAGAGUGCCGCCUCAGUUUUUCUAACCCGGUUUUUCGUUAAUUUAGUGAAUGAUGAAUUGCCCUGGUGCUUCUGUUGCAUCGGCAGAGUUCGUGUCUGCAUGAACCUUGUGCUUUAUAUCGAUCGAGCUGCGCCGCUGGGACGGACUGAUCAGGGGGUGGAGAGUGAAGAAACCGGUAGUUGCCAUGCUGCAGUUUUGUUAUGGGAGACUAGAGAAUAAGGCUCGACUUAGCAGAGAUCGUUUGAAACUGUCUGGACCAAUGUCCGGAUCAGAGUAGCCUGAGAGAGAGGAACAAGCAAGGCGACCGGAGAAAAUGUCUGGCAAUUACAGAUCCUCAAUGGACCAGGAGGACAUAGUUCAGUUGUUGAUCACGAACAUCGGGAGUUUUAUCCAGGACCGGCUGAUCAACAAGGAGCAGAGGAUACGCCAAAAGGAACAGUGUGCGGAGAGAUUGGCGGCCGAGGGAGGUAGCAACCACAUGGGCACCGAGGUUCGAUAUUCUGAUCAGGCAGUGCUGGCGAAUUUGGAUUGGGGGAUAGAUGCCCUUGAAGAAGCUAUCAAUACCUCCAACAUGGAGACGAAGCUUGCCCGGUUGGACUACGCUGAGAAGAUGCUGCAAGUGUGCGCGAUGUUGAAUUCGCAGCAGAAGACCGCCGGAGUCCCCAAUUUCUACCUCUCUGCUUGGGCGCAGCUCAAUCUUUCAUACUUGUGGAUGCUGAGGAACGACGAUCGCGAGUCCGCACUUCAUGUCAUUGAGAUGUUCAUUGUGGACCCUUUCUUUUCACGGAUCGAUUUCGCUCCCGAUCUUUGGAGGGACCUGUUUCUUCCGCACAUGAGCUCGAUCGUCGGGUGGUACACGGAGGCGAGGCACAGGCUCGUGAUGGAUGCAAUUCCGGACGCUUCUGACAUGUCCUUCACGGCUGAUAUGGACCAGUUUCUCAACGAGUCAGUUGUCUUCUCGAUGAGGCCCGAUCAGAUGGAGAAGAUGCAGAAGCUCGAGAAGCUCUAUCGAGAGUCCUUGGAUGAGAAUACGAGGCUUUAUGCGAAGUACUAUAGGGACUGCAUGAACUGCGAUUCGAGCAGCGGCAAGAAGGUAAUGCCCAUGUUCCCGAUCGCAGAACCCCCGAUGACUCCCUUGCAUGAGUUGAGCCGUUCCAUUCCAGAUUACAUGAAAUUCGGUCCGAUUCUGCCCAAGAGUUCGGGGUUUUCUCCGAUCCUGCAAUCAAAUGAUGGCGCGAGACAAGCGAGCAGAUUAAGAAAUGUAGCCUCUGGUAUUUCCGAGGAUAUGGAGGAGUAUGUCGCCCGCGAGCACCACGAAGAGCUAACUGACAAGAACGACAACGAUUCUGAAUAUGAGAACGAUGAGCCCUCCAUGGUUUCCGAAUAUAAGAAUCGCAGCCUAAUCUCUCUCAAGAGUAUGAGAAUCGCUGAGGAAAAAAGCAACGGGCACGAACGACUUCCGAACCCAGCAAAAGUUCGAUCGAGUCCCAAAAUGUUCACUCCUGUCGAUUCCCCCAAAACUACUUCUAAGGUUUCAUCUCCAAAAGCCGACACAUAUGACAGAAAGGAACCAGCAGCAGUAUUGCGCCUGCUUUCAGGACGCAUCCGAGAUUCCACAAUGUUCAACUCUUUGCCUCAAUCGCCACACCUAAAUGGUGAUUUCAGUAUAAACUCUGCGAAUUCGGAUGGUGAAGUCAUUUUGCCGCAUAGAAGCUGCAGGAAAAGCAACAGCAGAGCACAGAGCAUAAGCAAUGACUAUGUGAGAGGCCAAGUAUUUGACAAUAGUUUUCAUACUGAAAGUGACGACGAUAAUAAUAGCUGCAUUUCGCUCCCACUAUCUGACAAUCAAACUUGUCGAACAAAACCGCCCAAAGAUUUUGUCUGCCCAAUCACAGGCCAGCUUUUCAGCGAUCCGGUUACCCUUGAAACGGGUCAGACAUAUGAAAGAAGAGCAAUUCAAGAAUGGAUAGAGAGGGGAAACACGACUUGUCCCAUCACUCGGCAAGCUCUCUCCGCGAGCACAUUGCCCAAGACAAACUACGUCCUUAAAAGACUAAUCACAUCUUGGAAAGAACAGUAUCCUGAUAUUGCUCAAGAAUUUUCAUAUGCAGAAACACCAAGAAACUCGAGGAGUUCUUCCUCUAUGACCGAAAACCUUGAACCUUCAAAUGUGUCCAGGACAUUUGACUUCCCCACUAAUACAAACUCAGAUGGGUACACGAAUCUGAGGCGCAAAAGAUUUACACAAGGAGUAGUAUCUACAUCACCAACGAGUGUCAUAUCUCAAGCCGCUACGGAGACAAUCAUAAAUGGGCUAAAGCCACAUGUCUCAUGCCUUUGUACAUCAGAGGACUUGCAAGAAUGUGAGGCGGCAGUCCUGACAAUUGCCAAGACCUGGAAGGAGACAAAAGGGGAUCCUGCAAUUCAUUCAUACUUGUCCAAACCUACGACUCUGAAUGGGUUAGUUGAAAUAUUAUCGGCUUCACUGAAUAGGGAGGUUCUCAGAUAUUCAAUUUACAUUCUCUCGGAGUUAAUAUAUGUCGAUGAAUCUAUUGGAGAGACCCUCACUAGUGUCGACUCUGAUUUCGAUUGCCUGGCUGAAUUACUCAAGAACGGUCUUGCCGAGGCUGCUGUCCUCAUAUACCAGCUGAGGCCGCCAUACGCCCAGCUUUCAGCCAACAACCUCGUACCCUCCCUUGUGCAGUUGAUACUUAACAAAAGCGAAGAUCUGAAUGAUCUCCAACUGUUAAUCGAACCAAAGGACGCUGCUAUAGUGAUGCUCGAGCAGAUUUUGAUGGGAGGGGACAAAAACGGCCGGUCCACCAAUGCUCAAAGUGUUAUUUCGGCAAAUGGAGUUCCGGGCCUGAUCAAGUACAUGGACAAGGUUGAAGUAAGGCAGUCAAUUAUCUCCAUACUACUGUGCUGUAUGCACGCUGAUAGAACUUGCAGGAAUUUGAUAGCAAACAGAGUCGAAUUGUCUUCGGUCCUUGACCUAUUUCAUGCUGGAAAUGACAAUGUAAGAGGCAUUUGCAUAGACUUUCUGCUGGAACUAGUCCAAACGGACAGAAGAACAAUCUGCAACCAGAUAUUGCAGUUGAUCAAAGACGAAGGUGCAUUUAGCACCAUGCACACCCUCCUGGUGCAUCUUCAAAUGGCUCCUAUGGAGCAACAACCAGCUAUUGCUACACUUCUUCUUAUGCUUGAUCUCCUGGGAGAACCUAGGAACAUGAGCAUUUACAGGGAAGAAGCAAUAGAGGCCCUGAUCGAGGCACUGCAGAAGAAGGAUUUUCCCAAUUCCCAGAUAAUGGCUUUGAAUGCUCUAUUAUGUCUUUCGGGACGCUUGACCGCCUCGGGAAAAUCCUGCACUGAAGCUUGGUUGCUGAAGGUUGCAGGGUUCGAUCAACCAUUCAAUGCUCUAAUGAAGGUGGAAAGGCCAACAAUGCAUGAGAAUGAAUUGGCAGAGACAAUGGAAGAGGAAGAGAAAGCUGCAAAUUCUUGGGAGAGAAGAGUGGCCUUUGUCCUUUGCAACCACGAAAAGGGAUUCAUUUUCAAAUCUUUAGGGGAGUGCCUCAAAAGUAAUUCCAUUGAACUGGCGAAAUCAUGCCUCGUGAUUGCCACGUGGCUCACGUACAUGCUUUCUGUUCUUCCUGAUACCGGCAUGAAAAGUGCUGCUCGGAAGUCUUUCCUCGAUGAAUUCAUAAACGUGCUCCAGUCAUCUAAGAACUUAGAGGAGAAGAUUUUGGCCACCUUAGCAAUAAAAACUUUCAUCAGCGACCCAGCGGCACUUGAAGAACUGGGAAUGUACGCUAAAUGCAUUUACAAAACGCUGGGAAAGCUGAAGAAGCAUUCAGUAUUAGUUGCUGACAUAUUAAAGGCCUUGAUGAACUUGACAUCUGUGAAUGCAACAGAGUUAUGGAGUUACAGUGAAGUGAUCGAAUUGGAAUCGUCUGCAAAUGGCGAGGUCCUGUCUUUGCUUCAUUUGAAGGGACUGCUUCUAAGCAGCCAUUCUGACGGAACCAUUAAGGUCUGGGACGCUAGCAAGAGGGUCUUGAGAUUGAUCCAAGAGGUUCGCGAGCACACAAAAGCUGUUACAUGCCUCUACGUUCCCCCUUCUGGUGACAGACUGUACAGUGGUUCCUUGGACAAGACGAUCCGGGUAUGGGUAAUCAAAGCUGAAGAAGUCCAUUGUGUUCAAGUCCAUGAUGUGAAAGAGCCGGUGUACGAGCUAACCGCCAACGCGCAUAUCGCAUGCUUCAUUUCUCAAGGAACCGGGGUCAAGGUAUAUAAUUGGUCAGGGACUCCAAAGCAUAUAAAUUUCAACAACAACAGAACGGCACGGUGCCUCGCCAUGGCCGGGGGUAAGCUCUACUGUGGCUGUUCUGGAUACAGCAUCCAGGAGGUGGACUUGGCAAAGUCGACAUCGGGUACGUUCUACUCAGGGACUAGGAAGUUGCUUGGGAAGCAAACUAUUCAUUCCCUGCUUAUUCACGAUAGCCUUCUCUUCGCCGGCGGUUCAUCCGUGGAUGGAACAGCGGGAAAGGUAUUCUCUCUGCCCAGUAAGGCCAUAAGCGGGUCGCUCUCGACGGGGUUCGACAUCCAACGGAUGGCAGUGAGCAACGACUUCAUAUUCACGGCAACAAAAUGCGGGAUCAUUGAGGUCUGGUUGAAAGAGAGAGUUGCGAGGGUCGCCUCCAUCAAGAUGGGCAGUGGAGGGAACACCGCCAAGAUUACAUCCUUGGCCGCGGACGCUGACGGAGGCAUGCUUUUCGCUGGCUCCUCAGAUGGCAAGAUCCAGGGUUGGACUCUCCUGGACUAGACACACUGCCAGCUAUAGGAAGAAAUAUACAAACUAUAGUGCAGAUCAUGCCAGCAGAAAAGAAUAGAAAUUUUGUAUCUUGGUAUAUGCUUGGCAAUCAUGAUUUUCCUUUAUGUACGAAGCUGAAUCGUAUGUCCCUUGACAUUACAUUUGUAUCAGCCUGAUAACGUUGGACGUUAG